AUGGUUGAUUCGAACCCUCAGACUACACAGCUUGCCUACGUCAUGACAACGAACUUUGCAAAAGAAAAAUGGUUUAUUGAGUUUAUGGAAGACCAACACCCUGAGAUUCAAGCUGAAGACGCUUAUUUCCAACCUGGCUGCCAGGAGCCCGAUCGCAUCCUCAUUCAAGAGUAUGCCAGGUACCUUGCACGCUCACGAGUUGGAGAAUCUGGGGGAGCUCUGGCGGUCAAAACUGUGAUCGGCUAUAUCAACACUUGCCUUACCGCCAUGGAAAGAGACUCGGAACGACAAUGGAAUCCUGUGCUACGCCACAGCUUUGCAUUGUUUGUCUCCAACAACCUUCUUACACAGGAAGGGCUGUUGACAGCAAUGAAGCCCAAGCUGCAAGCAAAUUCCGAAGACGUCACCUACAUCGUAUCCAGGCUCUCUCAUGCGCAAUAUCUGAAUAUUUUCGGAAACAUGCGACAGGUAUUGAACUUGACGCUAUACCUGAUGCUCAUUGUUGAUACAUGCGGGCGGGGAGGAGAGUUCGUACUCAACCCGGCGAGACCGAAGCACAUGUGUCUCAUGUGGAAGGAUGUCGAUUUCUACUCUUUCCAAAGCGUUGAGGAUAACCCUUUUGACAUUCGUAUCAACGUCGCAAUCAGUUGGUCGAAGAACGAUACCCUGGACGACUCCAAAUACAAGACCAUCCCGUUGUACGUCAAAGCUGUGUUGAUAAAGAUGCGCAAGGUGUCCUCUAGAGCCCUGAGGUCUAGGCAAGGAAAUGAGGAAAAGCACUCGAGCAGUAUCAACAACUUGAUGUAUGAUAUCAUGAUGCAUUGGUUGGAACACGGUACCUUGUUUCUGAAGGGUAUCGACGUCGCAAUGGUCAAACGAAAGGUCGCUGCGCUCGAGAAGAUCGAUGCUGACUUCGCGAGUCUUCAGCAGAAAAUCCGUCGCGAUCCCAAAUCUUACAAGGAAGAAUUCCUAAAACAAUGGGAACAGUAUGAAGCUCAGCGCGAGAUUUUCCUCGUUUCUCCGUCCACCGCAAGCGCCGAUUCGGUCGAGUCUUUCCACAACAUUAUCGAUCUGAUCGCUCACGUCGCCGAUUGCUACAAGGAGGAGACCGCAACUUUCCCCGACGACCUCAAGGAGAUUCUGACACAACACCAUGUUGUUCUACAUCCUGAGUUGCGCGAGAAGAUUGUGGGAAGUCUAGUUCUGCUCCGACGAAAGGAGGUUAUCGACUCGACAAGCGUUCUGACCACACUUUUCCCGAUUCUCGUUUCGUCGCCGAGCAAGACUCUACGUGAGACUCUGUUCCAGAAGAUUUUGGCCGAUCUCCGAAACUCCAACACCAAGUCCAUCAACCACCCUCUCAACCGUACCGUCCAGACCGUCCUUUACAACCUCAUCACCGCCGACCGAGACUCUCCUCGAGCUAUCUGGGCCAUCAAGCUUACCCGCGAGAUGUGGAAGCGACAAUUCUGGACCGAUGCGAAGCCUGUCGAUGUUAUGAAGGAGGCUUGUCUGUCCAACAACGAGAAGGUCGUUGUCGGCGCUGUUCGCUUCUUCCUCGGUGGAGACAAGGAGCGAGAGGAGCUCGAAGACGAGAGCAGUGAUGAGGAGGUUGAUCUGAGUCAGGUCAAGCAUCAGAUGGGUAUCAACAAGAAGACUAAGAAGUCCAAGAAGGCUUAUGACAAGGCCGUCGACAAGGUGAAGCGAUCUGAGCGUAAGAAGACCAAGCCUCACCCGCUCAACUUCUCAGCUCUGCACCUCCUUCACGAUCCUCAGAGCUUUGCCGAAGAGCUCUUCUCAAAACAUCUACAAAACACCAAGGCGAAGCUUUCUCUUGACACCAAGAUUCUGGUGACACAAUUGGUAACACGACUUGUUGGUCUGCACAAGUUGACCAUUGUUGCGCUCUACUCUUGGUUCAUCAAGUUCCUUACUCCCAAGCAAACUUCCGUCACAUCAUUCCUGGCUUCCUUGGCACAGGCAGUCCACAACUUGGUUCCUCCGGAUGUUUUGGAGCCUUUGAUCACAAAGAUUGCCAACGAGUUCGUUUCAGAAGCUUCCGCCAAUGAAGUCGCCGCUGCUGGUCUGAACUCGAUUCGUGAGAUUUGCGCUCGUCAACCUCUAGCUAUGACCGAUACACUAUUACAAGAUUUGGUCCAAUACCGAAAGAGUAAAGAUAAGGGUGUCAUGAUGGCUGCCAAGGGUCUUUUGUCACUGUACCGAGAGGUCGGUGCUGAGCUUUUGAAGAAGCGAGACCGUGGUAAGAAUGCCACCAUCAACCUGAAAGCCGGAAUUCAGGCUCAGCGCAAGUUCGGUGAAGAGGAAGCUGGCGGUAUUGAGGGUCUGGAUCUUCUGGAGAAGUGGAAGGAUGAGGAAAAGAAGAAGAAGCGACUUGCUAUGGGUCUUCCCGAGGACGCUGCUACCGAUGAAGAGGACGAAGGAAACAAGUCUGAUGAGUGGGAAGUCGACUCUGAUGACAGCAGUGAUUCUGGCGAGUGGAUUAAUGUGUACCACUCCUCUGAUGAAGAGGACGACGAGGACGAGCCUGCAGCAAAGAAGCAAAAAACAGAGGCAGAUAUUGCUGCGGACGAGAGGGCUAAGAAAGCCCUGGAGGAGAAGGAGGCCGAGAUCGACCGCAUCUCCAAGCUCGCCACAACAACCAUUCUCACACCCGCCGAUCUCGCCAAGCUUCAAGAACUCCGCAUGUCCUCCCAAGUCGACAAGGCCAUGGGCAGCCGUCGCAAGCGCCAGCAAGAGCUUGAAAACCGCCACCGCGAUGAUGGUCUCACAGCCGAGCAGAUCGAGGCUCCCGCCCGUCUGCGCAAGCUGACCAAGGAGGAGCGUGCGGAACUUGCCAAGGAGGGCAAGCCCGACCGCGACGAGCACAAGAGUACACAGGCUAUCCGCAAGUCCAAGAUGCAGGCUCAGGGCAAGAGUACCAGCAACAGGGAGAAGCAGCGCAACAAGAACAUCUUUAUGACACUGGGCAAGGCGAAGAGCAAGAACAAGAGGAGUUUGGUCGAGACAAGAAAGGUUCUCACGAGGCACGUUACUAGAAGUACUAGAGGUGGAAGAAGAGCGAACGGAACUUAA